CUUGUCUCUUCUUCAUCUUCUCUCUCUUCAUAAAUUUUCAUUAUAAAAACACAUCCACUUUGCUCUUCCCUCUUCAACACAAUUUUCAUCUUCUCCACUCUCAUUCUCUUUCUCUCUCUGACACGUAACUAACUAUCCUUCCUGGAUUCCUAUCUUCUCCGCACACACACAUACAAAACACAAAGACACUUAAUAUACAUUGAGAAAGAAGAUGUCGAGCAGAAGAUCAUCACGUUCAAGACAGUCAUCAGGGAGCUCAAGAAUCUCUGACGAUCAGAUUUCUGAUCUUGUAACAAGGCUCCAACACCUUAUCCCUGAACUCCGCCGCCGCCGUUCUGACAAGGUGUCAGCAUCUACGGUACUACAAGAGACGUGCAACUACAUCAGGAACUUGCACAGAGAGGUUGAUGAUCUAAGUGACCGUUUGUCGGAACUCUUGGCUACGACGGACGACAACAGCGCGGAAGCAGCCAUCAUUAGGAGCUUGCUUAAUUACUAAUAUUCUCAUAAAUUAUCUGAGAACUAUUAUAAAUCAUCUAUUGUCGCCAGGAAAUUUAUCUUAUUAUGAUUAUGAGUAUUUUGUUGCCUUCUACUUCAAAUGUUAUGAUAUAUUAUAGGCCAACUCAUAUAUUAUAUAUAAUACAUGGUUUAUGUAUAUAUGUGUAUAGAUCUUAAUUCUAUGCGCGCGAGGAUAGUAGUCUGUGUAUCACGAGCCUCUUAUAUUUAUGAUUAAUGACAGUGCAUUUCCUUAA